AUGACGGCCUGGUCUAUGGUAGGGAAGCUGAAAAUGGAGAAGAGGCACUCUAGAGAAGACAGAAACGUGGAACAAGAUGCUGGGGAAUGCAGUGCAGAAUCUGAGGAAUGGACAAGCUCAGAAAGUGAAGCUGAGCAACCAUACUUCAGAAGCAGCUGUGGCAAUAUUCAGUGGAGAGGAAAGGAGGUGUCCACUAAAGCCCAUCGGCCACUUUGUCGGUCCCCGUGUUUGGAUCGCCCAAGUUUUUCACAGAGCAGUAUCACACAAGACUUGAAGCUAGACGAAUGCAAAACAAAUUUGGACAAGGAAUACCAAGCUAAAAUGGAUUUUGCUUUAAAGCUUGGGUAUGCAGGAGAUCAGAUCCAGGCUGUACUGAAUAAACUGGGAGCAGAUGCACUCAUCAAUGAUGUCCUGGCAGAGCUUGUGAGACUUGGCAACAAAAGUGAAUCAGAGGGACAAAGCAGUGCCAGCAGUUCCACGAGUACUCUGGUGCCAAGGGGCCCUUGCCCAAAGGAAAUAGCAAGCCCUGAAUUGUCCCUUGAAGAUGAAGUUGUGGAUAACAGUGAUAACUUGAGGCCAAUUGUCAUUGAUGGAAGCAACGUGGCUAUGAGCCAUGGGAAUAAAGAAGGAUUUUCCUGUCGGGGAAUUCAACUAGCUGUUGACUGGUUUCUGGAAAAAGGACAUAAAGAUAUCACUGUGUUUGUACCUGCAUGGAGAAAAGAACAGUCUCGACCUGAUGCACCAAUUACGGAUCAAGAAAUAUUACGUAAAUUGGAGAAAGAAAAAAUUCUUGUUUUCACCCCAUCUCGAAGAGUUCAGGGAAGAAGAGUAGUUUGCUAUGAUGAUCGAUUCAUAGUAAAACUUGCUUUCGACUCAGAUGGCAUCAUUGUGUCAAAUGACAACUAUCGGGAUCUUCAAAAUGAAAAACCGGAAUGGAAGAAGUUCAUAGAGGAGCGGCUGCUAAUGUAUUCUUUUGUGAAUGACAAAUUUAUGCCUCCUGAUGAUCCUUUAGGACGCCAUGGUCCAAGCCUUGAAAAUUUCUUAAGAAAAAGGCCAGUUAUUCCUGAACAUAAGAAACAACCGUGUCCUUAUGGUAAAAAGUGCACCUAUGGGCACAAAUGUAAAUAUUACCACCCAGAACGGGCAAACCAGCCUCAAAGGUCAGUAGCGGAUGAGCUUCGAAUAAGUGCCAAAUUAUCUGCAGUGAAAACUAUGAGUGAGGGAGCCUUGGCCAAAUGUGGCACAGGGCCACCCAGCUCCAAAGGAGAGAUCAGUUCUGAGGUGAAACGCAUUGCCCCAAAACGUCAGUCAGAUCCAAGCAUUAGAUCAGUAGCUGUGGAGCCUGAGGAAAAGUUAUCAGUAGCCCGGAAGUCCGAGGCCAGCUCUGUCCCGUCUCUGGUUUCUGCAUUAAGUGUACCAACGCUCCCUCCACCAAAAAGCCAUGCAGCUGGUGCAUUAAACACUCGUUCUGCAAGCAGUCCGGUGCCAGGUUCCUCACAGUUCAUGCAUCAGAAAUCCUCACUGGAGCAUAUGUCCAGUGUGCAAUAUCCUCCUAUUCUAGUCACCAAUAGCCAUGGCACUUCAGUUAGCUAUAACGACCAGUACCCCAAAUACGAGUCAUUGGGGGACCAUGGCUAUUACUCCUUACUUAGUGAUUUCUCCAACUUGAGCCUAAGUAGUAUUCGUAACACAGAUUAUUACAGGGCUGAUCUGGACCAGGGGAUGUAUUCUAGAAACUCGAGCCCCUGUCCUGACAAUUGCUUAAGCCAUACAAGUAAUGAUUCUUAUUCCUCUUACAAUGACUUAUAUCUGGGUGUAGCAGAUGCCAGUCCAGAAGAAGACAAUGUGAAGAUCCACAGACUGCCAUCGCAAAAUCGUCUUCAGCCUUUUUCCCAUGGUUACCAUGAAGCCUUAAAUAGAGUUCAAAGUUACGGAACUGAAGAGCCUAAGCAAUCCCUUCGCAAACAGUCAGUUUCCCACUUAGGCCUACAUGCCCAGCAUCCGGUUGUUGGAGCACGGUCCAGUUGUCCAGGAGAGUACCCUGUGCCUCAAACCGUUCAUCCAUCAACUGCACAACCAAGCCGCGCCUUGGUCAUGACAAGAAUGGACAGCAUUUCUGACUCACGGCUUUAUGAAAGUAACCCGACGAGACAGAGAAGACCACCUCUCUGUCGAGAGCAGCAUGCUAGCUGGGAUCCAUUACCAUGUGCAUCCGACUCUUACACGUACCACUCGUAUCCACUGAAAAACAACCUCAUGCAGCCAUGUUAUGAACCUGUCAUGGUAAGAAGCAUGCCCGAGAAGAUGGAGCAACUCUGGAGGAAUCCCUGGAUUGGGAUAUGUGGUGAGCCACAGGAACCACAUAUCAUCCCAGAACAUCAGUAUCAAACGUAUAAGAACCUCUGCAAUAUCUUCCCUCCGAGCAUUGUCCUUUCUGUGAUGGAAAAGAAUCCCCACAUGACAGAUGCACAACAGCUAGCAGCUAUGAUUGUUGCCAAAUUAAGAACAGGACGUUAA